GGGGGGGGGGAGGGGAAAGAGGCCGGACUCAAAAGAACAAUCAGUGUGAGCGAGCGAGAGGGAGAGCGGUGUCCCAGGGUGUCAGAGUCAAGAUUGUACAGUGGGUGUAUGUAAAACAGGAUGGCCCAGGAGACAAAUCAAACACAGGUGCCCAUGCUGUGUACCACGGGCUGUGGUUUCUAUGGCAACCCACGAACCAAUGGAAUGUGUUCAGUUUGCUACAAAGAGUAUCUACAGAGACAGCAGAACAGUGGCAGGAUAAGCCCACCAGCAGCUAGUGCGGUCAGUAGUAACAGCAAUUCAAGCACAGAGUCCAUCCCUGUUCAGUGCACAGAAGGAAACCCUGAAAUAUCUGCAGAUGCCUCUAAUGCCACAUGUGUCAAAACUAGCACUCCAGUAACACAGCAGAUGACAGCAAUGAGUAUCUCGCAAGAUGAGUCGAGCACUGAGACAGAGGGAGCUCUAAAAGUUGAAGUCGUCACAGCAUCAGUUGCUGUGAAUGUAGAAACUGCAGAAAGUUCCACAGAAGGAGAGGAGAAGGUUCCAGAAAAGUCAAAACCCAAAAAGAAUAGAUGUUUCACUUGCAGGAAGAAGGUUGGAUUGACUGGAUUUGAUUGUCGUUGUGGAAACCUUUUCUGUGGACUUCACCGCUACUCUGACAAACACAACUGCCCUUAUGAUUACAAGGCUGAAGCAGCAGAGAAGAUCCGGAAAGAGAAUCCCAUUGUGGUGGCUGAAAAAAUUCAGAAAUUAUGAACUGCUAUAUUGUAGCAAGACUUUCAUGUGGGAAAAUCCAACAUGGUAUCUUGAAGAGCCCGGCUUAAGACAAAACCUGUUUUUGUGCAAACAAAUAGGCAUGAGAUUGGCAGAUGGUUUAGUCAAUGGCUUGCUGCUGAUGGAAAUUUGCCUUGUGGUACAAUGAAGAAACUAUAUUAUCAAGUAUAGAAACUUAACCAGCAAAGGAACAAGGUGCGCUGUACCACACAAGCAGUCCUUUUUCAGCAGUGGCCUUUUGACUGUGCCUUCUGUCUUAAUAAUCUACUGAGAUCAAGUCUGCAGGGAACCAGGCCAGUGUACCCAUGUAUGUGCCUGUAGGUACUUAUGCCCCUUUACAGGAACCUGAGUAAUGACCUCAUUGGCAUGCUCCUUUUUUAAUGAGCUGUGAACUUGUGUAUGUUUGAUCUGGGUGAUAUGUACCUCUUUUCCCCUCAGGUAAUUACCGAUGUAUUGCAGGCAUCUGGAGUUGUGCAAUACUCUUGAGACUGAAUGAUGGACUUAGAAGCUACCAUGGUACACAAGAGAAGAGAAGAUGUUGAAAUCGAUCUAAUAAACUGAUUCAUUUAACUUUUAACUUUCGAAGCUAAAAAUGGCAACUAUCAUACACUAUCCUGUGUAUCAUGGCUGCUUUGAGUUCAAACAAAGGUGCAUUCACACAGGUAAGUAUAGAUAUGCUAUUCAUAACACAAUUUCUAAAAAGGUAUUUUUUUAUGGGUCUAUAGGGCAAGCAGGUUAGCCAACGGGGUCAUUACCCAGACAAGUCAGAGGGACAGUAUCUCUUUUUGGUUAGUUUUCUGUGUCCUGGAUUUACUGUGAUGGAUUAUAUCAACACAACACAACCUACCUUUUAAACAUGAACAUAUUUGUGGAAAUCUCUACACCAUGGCUUUAACACAGAGAAAAAAAAUCCAGGCCUGACAUGACUUUUUUGCAGUAUUAUUGAAAUGGCCUUUUAUUGAGUUUUGAAUGAAUAACAUUGGGUCUAUCAGAGCCAGAUUUAUUUUAAAUUGAGCCAAAAUCAGAGCAAGAAAAAGUGAUUCUGUCUCUAAUGAGAUGUGACACUGGUUCGGGUGUGGUCCGGUUCACUGCACACUUCAAGCUGAGCUACAUGCAAAUAAAUUGCAGUGUUGCAGUCUUUUACCAGUUUUCUUUUCUCCUUUUAAUAGCUAUUUCAGCUUUGAUAGUUAUUCACUUUGUAACAAUGUACAGUUUAAACUUGUAAAUUGGUAAGGGAUGUGGGUGGAAGACAUAUAUUGAUGAUUGAGUGCUUUGGGUGCUAGUUGUGUGCUUUUCUUUCCCUUCAUUAUUUUUCUCCUUUUAAUGAAAGUAUGAUAUAAAAUGAUAAUAUAUUGUAGUUUGCUUGGAUUGUGUGGUUUUAGUUAUUUUAGUCUGGAUUUCUGAAGUUUUGACCAGAUGUUGUGCACAUGCUCCAACUGUAGCCUUUCACUAUCUAUUGCACCAAACCAAGAGACUGAUCUGUUAGCGUUGUAUCUGCUGUUGCCCACUCUUCUUGGUCCAAUCACAAAGUAUGGGGGAAAUAAGUUGAAAUGCUGACCCAACCACCCAACAUGAUGCAUCGAAAUUUGGUCUUGUAGAAUCCCAUUGAAUUUGACAGGCCAUAUUCUCGUUGUGUGCUUAAAGGGAAAGUACAUUCUCGUGAAAUGGCCAUAAUCAUAAUUCAAUGCAUCAUGAUGGAUAGAGAAUCACAAAGGGGGAAAGCAACCCAGAGUUCAUAUUGGGUGGACAGAACCUCAGAGCAAAAGAAAAGAUGGGACACAUUGAUAAGUGUACAGAUAAUUCUUCAUCCAAAUUAGGAUUGAGGCGACUGUGUAGAAUACACUUCUGUUUUAAGCUUCACAAAAUCCAUGCUUUGGCAAAUUUUUAAAAAUUAUCUUCCCUCAAAGUUUUUGUGGUUUGGUCAGAUUCCCUCCUUCACAAAUCUUAAGACUAACUUGAAUUUUAUUGAAUCAAAUGCAGAAAAUGACUUUCCAUUUUGUUGGCCUUUCUGUGCUGGAUUCUCAUUGCAUAAGGGAAACAAUGCAAAUCUAAAUCUGCUGUAUUCUAAUAGACACCAGCAAUAUUAAGUAGGUAAAACACUUAAUUUUUGAAAACAAACAAUAGCUCCUAUGCAAUUGAAAUAUGUACUCCAAUCAAAAUGACUUUUAAACUGCCAAAUGCAACCAAUAAAAAGCAGCUUCUUACAAA